CCUGUGUAUGAACAAGUAUAAGACUUAAGGCAGAAAAAAGUGAUGAGAAAAAAAUUUGUUUAUCUCUAGACUUUUUUCUUUUUUGGCCCAAUAAUUUAUUUUGCCUCAGCUUUACACGCAUUCUUGUGACGUUGCAGGACUGGGGAGGGAGGAAGUAAAGAGGGAGCUGUAACUGUGGUACAUAUCUGAAAGCAAGUGUUAGAGAGGGAGUGGAGGACGCAUAAGCAAGCUGGUUUGACCAGAAACAGAACUGCCUGUGACAGAUUAAGAGACAAGCAAGGCUUGGAAUCUGAGAGCAAGCAAAGAGAGUGGAAAUUUACAGCUGCUCUCUGUGAGUGUUCAAGUGAUCAUUUUCUGGUAACGUUUUCCGGUGGUAACUGUUACUCUUCAAAAAGAGGGACAGAAAGUCAAGACCGAAUUGUGGAAACUCUUCUCUCUGCCACGCUUGAUAAUAGGAGGCAACCUCUAUUAAAUGGACGAUAAAGGUUACUUCAUCUAAAGUGCUUUGAGCUCAAGAAAGAGCUGUCUUCAGCACCUCACCAUGUGUCUACGUUUUGUUGCUUAGAAAAGCCUAGGCAUUUCUGUAACAUUUGCAUUCCAUAUUGGAAGAAGAGCUUUCUACACGUGAAAAAAAUGCCCUUGUUUAGCAAAUCACACAAAAAUCCAGCAGAAAUUGUGAAAAUCCUGAAAGACAAUUUGGCCAUUUUGGAAAAGCAAGACAAAAAGACAGACAAGGCUUCAGAAGAAGUGUCGAAAUCACUGCAAGCAAUGAAAGAAAUUCUGUGUGGUACAAAUGAAAAAGAACCCCCAACAGAAGCAGUGGCUCAGCUAGCACAAGAACUCUACAAUAGUGGCCUGCUGGUGACACUGAUAGCUGACUUGCAGCUGAUAGACUUUGAGGGAAAAAAAGAUGUGACCCAGAUAUUUAACAACAUCCUGAGAAGACAGAUAGGCACUCGGAGUCCUACUGUGGAGUAUAUUAGUGCUCAUCCUCAUAUCCUGUUUAUGCUCCUCAAAGGAUAUGAAGCCCCACAGAUUGCCUUACGUUGUGGGAUUAUGCUGAGAGAAUGUAUUCGACAUGAACCGCUUGCCAAAAUCAUCCUCUUUUCUAAUCAAUUCAGAGAUUUCUUUAAGUAUGUGGAGUUGUCAACAUUUGAUAUUGCUUCAGAUGCCUUUGCUACUUUUAAGGAUUUACUAACCAGACAUAAAGUGUUGGUAGCAGACUUCUUAGAACAAAAUUAUGACACUAUUUUUGAAGACUAUGAGAAAUUGCUUCAGUCUGAGAAUUAUGUUACUAAGAGACAGUCUUUAAAGCUGCUAGGGGAGCUGAUCCUGGACCGUCACAACUUUGCCAUCAUGACAAAGUACAUCAGCAAGCCGGAGAACCUGAAACUCAUGAUGAACCUCCUUCGGGAUAAAAGUCCCAACAUCCAGUUUGAAGCCUUUCAUGUUUUUAAGGUGUUUGUGGCCAGUCCUCACAAAACACAGCCUAUUGUGGAGAUUCUGUUAAAGAAUCAGCCCAAACUCAUUGAGUUUCUGAGCAGCUUUCAAAAAGAAAGGGCGGAUGAUGAGCAGUUCGCUGACGAGAAGAACUACUUGAUUAAACAGAUUCGAGACUUGAAGAAAACAGCGCCUUGAAGAGCUCCCUAGCCCCUGUCACAGUCAUUCGUCUCAUUUGUCCAGUUUGUACAAUGUGAUAUGUCAGAAAGCCAUCAUUCUUGGGAAGACUUUGGAGGUGCCUAUUUUUUUCUGUUGUAAUUGUUCUGCGUAGAUGGAAUAUAAACAUUUGAAUGGAAAAAAAUUAACCUAGAAUAAUAUAUUCAUUUUAAUCAAGUCUGUGAUUAUUUAUGUGAAAUCAGAGCCAUUGUAUUAGGUGUUGAUAAAAACGAUUUUAACUUGCAGACGUGAGCCCCUGGGCACCAUGAGCCACUAAACGGGAGCUCAAAUGACAGGCAUCACCAAGUCUUCAAGGAAGACUGAGUUCUCAGGAGAGAACUGGGAAUGGGGCCAGGGUGCAAAAGUGCUUUGCCCGUCUGUAGGUAGACACACAGAUCGCUCGGGGCACUGCGAGAUCCCAGGAGGUAACAUUAAUGUUUUCAGUCAUUGUGUGUCCUUCGUUGCUGCCAAUGUCUUUGGACUGUAAUCAGUGCAUCCAUACCUCCCGGAAUCCAGUGCUCCCACUCAGUUCAGUCUCCCGUCCCUCCCUGUCCUGCAUUUCAUCCCAACUCCUCAGCGUGGCCUCAGUGGGCGCGCCUAUGCCUCCCGCAGUCCAGGUGAGCAGGGGAACAACUAAGCAGGAACAGGAUGGAUCAACAAGGGUCAUGGGGAAUAGGGGACCCACAGGGUGAGACCUGCUUGCUGGAGAACUGCGAACACGUGGCUCUGGAUAGAGUCACAGCUGUCACAUAUUGACUUCCAGAGAGUGAGUGAGGGACAGAAUAUUUCCUUCAUAAUCAUCAUGGGUGAAUGCUUUCUGCUGUAAGUGUAUUUUAGAGUGGGAAUCACCGUAGUGGAACGCCCAGCAGGCACAAACCAUGGGUCCAGGGAGUCUCAGUGAGGAACUUUUAUCAAUAGGAGGACAUAACCAUCGGAAGGAGAAAUGAUUCAUGUGUGAAAAAAUUCUCAGAUCCAUCAAUAAAUUGUUUUCAGUUUGUUUUCUAAUAAGCUGUCAUUCUAUAAUUGCCCAUCACAGUCUUUAGUGAACACAUAGAAAACCUACACUGUUUUGGUCCUGAAUAGUCUCUUGCAACCAGGAUGAUUGAGAUAUUAAUUCAUCUUCCUUAUAAAAAGGCAUGGAAUCAAAAAUAUUUUAAAAGGCCGUGGUUUCGUGUCAGACAUCAAGCAUCUAAAAUGGGAUUUUAAAGCGAUACUUUACAAGACAUGAAAGGCACAAUUGUUGAUCUGUAUUUUUUAUACUUCAGUUUCUAAAUCGUGAGUCGUUGCCUUCCACAGGAACCCUCCCUUUUUACAAUACUCGAGUGUUGUGUACUUUCUCUUCAGUUAGGUGUUUCUGUGCCCAGAGAGGGAAAGAGAAAUGUGUUCUCCAAGAUUGAUCCCCUUUGUAGAUUUUGUACCUGAAGAAUUACCUGGCAGGGCACCACCCUUGGCUAGGUCCAGGUGUGUGUCUCUUUCUUGCCUGGCAUGGACCCCGAGGCAAGUCAUGUGGGGCCUGGCGCACCUCCCCGCUUUGGCAGCUGUGGCCUCUCUGACCAGUGCCCUUGCAGGAGGCUGGCCGGAGCAGCCUGAUGACCUGCACUCUUUAGUCACUGACGUCAGAUUAUUUCUAUAACAUUCCCUGACAGUUCAGAGUCCCUUCAAAUCGCACUUUUCUGGUUUUGCUUUUUUAAUUAAAAGAGAUGAGUGUAAGUAUAAAAAAUGAAGGUGAAAUAACCAUUGGAAAUGUAUUUGAUUGCUUAAUACUGUUCCACAACAUUUUGGGAUGUAUGUUUUCCUUUGGAGAGUAAGGCCUUAUUACUAUUCUUUUCUGAUAAAGAAAACAUUUUAUUUCCUUUGGGCUUCCGUUAGCUCCUUCCUAGCAACCCAUUAUCCCAGCUCAGUACCUUUCAAACAGAAAACUAGGAUUCUGGGGUUUUGUUGUGGUCUAAAUUUGUAAGUUAUUAAUGUGAAAAGCGGAGCAGGAAGCUCACAGAUUUGUUUGCACAAAGUUCACUGUAAAUACUGUGAGAAUUGAAUUCUGAAAAGGUCACAUUUAGUGAUUUCAAAAGCACACAUUUAAAUGAAGACUGACUAAAUAAAACGUACCACACA